AUGGCGUCGAAGCCGCUCGAGUUUGAGGAUCUGUCGCGGACAUGCCGGAGGGACCGUUUCUGCCAGCUUUGCGCACGCGCCUUCUGCUCUCACUGCUGCGGCUACCAUCACAGCGGGCCAUUCCACUCGGUCAUCCCUGUCGACGUGGACGCCGCCGGCCGGCCUGUCUUCUCCACGACCUUCGAGUUUGGGGACUCGGAGCAGUCGCUGCGCUUGCGCGACGCCGUCGUCGGCACCAUUGCCGCGGAGGACUAUGCCACGCCGCUCCUCAGGGAUUCGUACUGCAUGGCAUGUAAGAGAAUCUUCUGCGCUGGCACCUGCUCGCACCAUCAUGACCUGUGUGGCCCUGACGCCGUUCUCCACAUCCGCGAGCACGGUGGCGCCUACUGCGUCCGGUGCACGGGCUCCGAGCCGUGGUUCCCUCACAUGGAGAGCAUUAUGGGUGACCCGGUCGGUGAGGAUCGGGAUGAGCACGGCCACUACCAGCUGCUUCUGCCGGUGCUGAGGAGGGCACCGGGCAAGUGCGUGCAGUGCGGCGCCCAGGUGCAGUGGGAUUCGAAGGAGCACUGUUCGGAGCCCUGCGCCGCCGCCCACCAGCAGGAGGUCGACCGGCGGAGGGAGCGCCGGGAGGCCAGGCGUGCAGCAAGGGAGCUCGCUAAGCUACAAAUCCAUUGA